AUGCGAAGAUCAGCCUACUUUGACACAAACAAGAGAACCGUCAAAUCAAACAUCAUGCUGAAGUUUGUGACGAAGGCGAUGGAUAUCAAACUUUCAGGUGAAGCUGAUCUCACGACUACUCUUGAAGAUCCAAUCAAACUCUUGAAACGUAUUGAACGAUUCAUGAAGAAGAGUGCUGAUGCUGAGUUUGACUUCUUGGAUUUCUGGGAAGCCAAUAAAAAGUUCUUUGCUAUGAAGCAAGGAACAACAGAAAACUUGACGCAUUUCAAGGAACAAUUCUUGAGACAGGCUGAAGUCCUACAAGAUCUAUAUGGCCUUGCCUGGUUCCGAAAUUUUGCAGUCAAGACAAAGGCGUAUGCUGCUAUUGCUAGCACCAAUACUGCUGCUCAAGACAGUUUCAAGGAUGACAUCUUUGAAGCUGUUCUUGCAACAGGAUUUCUAUGCAACUGCAAUCAAACAAGAACAGCUCCUCUAAUGCUGGAUCUUCAGAGAAACUAUUGCUAUAUAUGGGAUGUUGCAAUCAAGCCUCCUAUUCUAUAA